CGACCCAGUGAUGGGCCGUUGACGUCGGGGAGCCGGGCUUGAUAUGUCUCACUACCCCACUGCUGCCACGGGACCCCGUUUGCCAAACUUAGUCGAUACUCGUCCUCGCUUCUUUACGGUCGCAUCUCUCAUCGUUCUUUUUUUUUUUUCCCUUCUCUCUCUACCGGCCGAUUUCAUGUCCCGCCAGCACCAUGCUGAACCGGGCUAACCCGUAUCCUAGGAAGAAGGUGGCGGUUGUUGGCGGUGGCUGCGCUGGGAUCGCGGCCUUGUGGGCGUUGAACCGUAGUCCUCAUGAUGUCUACCUGUACGAGGCCAAUGGCCGCCUUGGCGGGCAUACUCAGACGGUGGAGUUCACCAAGGGCAAGUACAAGACCCUGGUUGACACGGGUUUCAUCGUCAUGAACACCGAGACAUACCCGAACUUUCUCAGUUUUCUCAAGAGGAUCGGUGUGGAGACGGAACCGACGGAGAUGAGCUUCUCUGUGUCCCGAGAUCACGGAUGGUUCGAGUGGGCCGGCACCAGCUUGAGUACCGUGUUCUGCCAGAGGGGUAACCUGCUCUCACCGAGCAUGUGGCGCAUGCUGUUCGACGUGGUCCGCUUCAACAAUUUCGCCCUGGAUCUUCUGAGGGCGGACGACUCGACCGAUGAGACCAUUGGGGAGUACCUCGAACGCCAAGGGUAUUCGAAAGCCUUCCGCGACAACUACCUCAUCCCCAUGGCGGCUGCUGUGUGGAGCACAAGCCCGGACAAGUGCGCGCUCGACUUUCCGGCGGCGACACUGGUUCGUUUUCUGUGGAACCAUCAUCUGCUCUCAACGGUCGCCGCGCGGCCACAGUGGCUCACCAUCAGCACGGGGUCCAAGACAUACAUCGACAAGGUCAUGAAGGGCUUCCCGUCCAACCACUUGCGGCUCAACACGACCGUGACAUCGGUGACCAACGAUGCUGAUGGACGCGUACGGCUGCACACGGAGGGCGGAAAAUCUGAGGUGUUUGACCACGUCAUCCUGGCGACGCACGGCGACCAAGCGUACUCUAUCAUUCUCGACUCGGCGACCGAGGAGGAGAAGUCGAUUCUGUGCAACUUCCGUACGUCACAGAACGAGGCCGUGUUGCAUUCGGACACGUCUUUGAUGCCCAGGUCUCGGGCUGCCUGGUCGAGCUGGAACUAUCUAUCCAGAUCGACGUGGCUAAAGGGCGAAAGCAACACGGACCAAGUAUGCAUAACGUACAACAUGAACAUCCUACAGCACAUCCCUCGCGACGCUUUCGGCGACGUCCUGGUCACGCUCAACCCGUUGCACGAACCGGAUCCGAAGACGGUCCAAGGGCGGUACAGCUACCGACACCCGCUGUACACUCCGGCUGCCGUCCGGGCACAGCAGCGGCUCGACUCGAUUCAGAACAGGCGCGGUAUCAGUUACGCGGGAGCAUGGACGAAGUAUGGGUUCCACGAAGACGGCUUCAGCAGCGGACUGCGCGUGGCGGUGGAGCACCUCGGCGCCACCAUUCCGUUCGAGUUCAAGGACUCGACGUGUAGCCGCGGUGAAAGGCCGAAGCUGACGCUCUUGGACCACAUCGUGAGACUGUUGAUUUCGCUGGUGCAAAUGUUUUUUCUCGACAUACUGGAUGGGCUGGUGCAUGUGGUGAACAGGUCAACAACGCGGCGGCUGGCGUUGAGGGUAAACAGUCCGCCAAGCAUCAAUGGGCGGUUGCAUGAAAAGGAGCAUUGAUUUUUUUCCCCAUUUUCUUCUCUCUUUUUUUUUGCCCUUUUUUUUUUUUUCUUCGGAGCGGGUUGGAUUGCAUACCGUAUCUCAGGCACGAUCUCGCGAAUUGAGAUGCACCGUUCUACAACGGAACU